AUGACUUCGGAUUCGACGAACAACAUUUUUGCGUCUUCGAUGCGGAUCAAAUCGGCCCCAGUGUCUGCUAAGCAGCGAACAAAGCCAAAGAUGAACGGUGUCUUUGAAAUGCCCUCAUCUCGUUCUACCUCCCGCUCGACAGCUAGGAAUACGAAUAGAGGGAAACCAAAGCCUGCUUGGGCACAGCCUGCGGCACCGAAAAAGUCUGAUAAGACACCUGUGAAAUCAGCGAGGCUCGCUCGUCCGAAGAGUCCUGUUUCAGAGCACGAGCAAACUAGAAUAAUUUCCAAGGCUUCAUCAAAUGGCACUCGCUCAACUCCAAGUUCAUCGCCCACGUCUGUUCGCAUGUCCGUAUCUAGGAGCUUCCACAUCAAACAACCCGCGAUGAUCGAUUCAAUCCGGCUUACAGAGGAUACCUUAGAGCUACCGCGAGUGAGUAGUGAAAGUAGCUGCAUCACUGAGUUCGAAAAGCGAGAUCACGCGGCUGGGCGAAUUCAACUUUGGUACCGACAGAGAAAAUUUAACAAAGGAUUGAUGGAAGGACUCAGACGAUUUCUAGAGCAAGAAAGAGCGGAAGCUGCAAGGAGAAAAAAUGCUCGGGGAAUUUUAAGAACUCCUCGAGAACAGACAGUUAAAAAAGUAAAACCUUCUUCGACAAGUAUAAAAAUGACGAGAAAGGAAGCUCCUUCAACAGCUCGUGCGCGCUCCCGCCCUCGACCAAAGAAUGUGGAGCUGACUCCGAAACCAAAGACGGCAAGAGACUACAGUGAAAAUCUUGAUGGCACUCUUUCUGAUAUCAAAUUCUCGGCAAGAAUUGAAUCAAAGAGGCCGCGCUCUCGAGCUUCUUCGAAAAACUCAUUAUCGCCAACUUCCUCUCCUCAAUCAAUAUCGACUCUCUCCAGGCCUGUUUUCUACUCUCCGCGGGAGCCGGAAGUCAAAUUCGCUGCUGAAGUUCCAAAAGCGACAGCAUUAAAAUCCUCGGUGACAAAAUCGCCAAUCAGCUCUGCUCGAUCCAACUCCGUCGAUGACAAACUAAAAGCCCUGAUGAGCGCGCUGACCACUUUAGAAACACCAUCCAAAGCUCCACAAACGCACAUUGAAGUAGGACAGUCAAUUACAGACCUGAAACUGGCGAAUAUGGACCAAGAACUGAGAAUGCUCGAGCAAAAAUCAAAGGCUGCUGGGCACGAUGGCGCUGGGGACAAUCCAGCCUGGAAGAAAAAAGCGGAAGAAGCGGAGAAACUGGGAAACUUAUUCAUCAACGAGACUCAAUUCGAAAAAGAGCAGAUGGAAAAUCAACUGCAAGUGCUUCAUUCUGCGAUCAAACAGAUCAAGGAGCAGUCGGCAGCGAGCCUUGAAAAUCAGGAAAAACUUUUCGCCGAAGAACGGGCUAGGCUGCAAGCAAACUCUUCUCAGCAACAUCAACGACAGCUCAAUUUCAUCGACCAACUUAUCAAGGACAAAGAGCAACUCGCCGAGCAAGUGACGAAACUUGUCGCCAAAAUCGAAAAAGACUCCGCUAAAAGCGAAAAAACGAUCAACGAGAUGAAAGAAAAACAUCAAAUAGAACUUGUAACAGUGAAAGAUAAGCUCGUCUCGGCGGAAAAGAUAAGAAGGGACAAGUGGGUUGAGCAGAAACAAAAAGAAAUCAAGGAUCUGACAGUGAAAGGGCUAGAGCCUGAAAUUGCCAGACUUAUUGCGAGACAUCAGCAGGAGUUGAGAAAUGUUGAAGCUACGCAUAAGGCGGAACUCUUAGCAGCUGACGAAAGAGCAGCUAGAAGAUGGUCGGACCAAACUGAACGAAUGCGCCAAGCCCACGAAGAAGAAAAAGUCCAAAUAUCCGAACGAGAGCGUCAACGAGCCCGAGAAAACCUAGAAAGACAACUUCAAACAAUCGAGCAAGAGAACCAGGUAGCAAGAGACCGGUUAGAGUACGAAAAGCGCUCUGAGAUCGAGCGUCAAGAGGAGCAUCUUGAGUAUUUGAAGGAAUCGCACAAGGCGCAGAUCCGAAACUUGGAGACCCUGCAUGCUGAUAAUAUGGCUUCGAAUGUGGAGGAGUGGAAGGCGAAGUUGAUGAAUAUGCAAAAGCAAAAAGAAGUUGACAUUGAAAUUGAACAACAAAAAGCAGAACAAAGAAUAAACCAGUACAGAGCAGAGCUAGAAAAGGAAUUCGAUGAAAAAUCAAAACAGCUAGAAUCAAAAUUACGAGCCAAAGUCAAAGCUGAACGAGACGCUGAAAUCGAACGCGUUGUCGACCGAGUUGAACGCGAAAUGGAAGAAAAUCGCGAGAACUCAGAAAGAGCUGCAGAAAAUAAAAUCCUUCGCGUGCAAGAAAAGAUGCAAAAAGAAGUCGACCGCGCCGAGGCAGCAGAAAACGAAGCUCUGAAGAAAUAUGCCGAAGCUCGAUCAAAUGUCAACGAUCUCAGCGAACAACUCAUGGCGGAGAGACACAGACUCAAUAUUACAGCUACUGAGUUGGAGCAGAAACAAGAUAGAGUUACAAAACUACUUUCUGAAAGGCAUCGAGUAGAAGACGUCAUCAGAGAAGAAUUCGCAGAACGACUAGUUUUGAUGGAAAAAGAGCUGAAAAGACUGAAACACGAGGCUUCAGAAACUUCAGCGCGGCACAAGCUUCAGCUUCAAGAAAAAGACAAUCUCCGAGAAGAAGAAAUCAGCCAUCUAACUGACCGAAUUCAAAACGCGAUCAAACAACGAGACGAGGAAAACCAGCGCCUUACCAAAGUCGCCGAGCAAGCGCAACGCCGAGCAAACUACAUGGAAGAAAUGCUAGAAAAGCAAAAUGCUCUACUGCGACAAAAGACCGCGAAAAAGUGA